GUGACGUAGGGCCCCAGCGCCGGGGCCAUGGCGGCAGCGGCGGCGGGAGCUGCUUCUGUCUAAGCCGCGGCGGCUGGCGGAGUGAGGUCGGCACGCCAGCCCGGGCCCGGGGAGAGGCGCGGACGCGGAGGGAGCGCGUACGGCCGGAGCCGGUCUCCCUCCGCUCCUCCUACGCCGCGGAGUCCUGCCGGGGGUCUGUGCCCGGUCACCAUGACGACGCCGGCGAAUGCCCAGAAUGCCAGCAAAACGUGGGAACUGAGUCUGUACGAGCUCCACCGGACCCCGCAGGAAGCCAUUAUGGAUGGCACAGAGAUUGCUGUUUCCCCUCGGUCGUUGCACUCAGAACUCAUGUGCCCCAUCUGCCUGGACAUGCUGAAGAAUACCAUGACCACCAAGGAGUGCCUCCACAGAUUUUGCUCUGACUGCAUUGUCACAGCUCUGAGGAGUGGGAACAAGGAGUGCCCAACCUGCCGCAAGAAGCUGGUAUCUAAGCGGUCUCUGAGGCCAGAUCCCAACUUUGAUGCCCUGAUCUCUAAGAUCUAUCCUAGCCGGGAAGAAUAUGAGGCCCACCAAGAUCGAGUGCUCAUCCGACUCAGCCGCCUGCACAACCAGCAGGCACUGAGCUCCAGCAUCGAGGAGGGACUGCGCAUGCAGGCCAUGCACAGGGCCCAGCGAGUGAGGCGGCCGAUGCCUGGUUCAGAUCAGACCAACACGAUGAGUGGGGGGGAAGGAGAGCCUGGGGAGGGAGAGGGGGAUGGAGAGGAUGUAAGCUCAGAUUCCGCCCCUGACUCUGCCCCAGGCCCUGCUCCCAAGCGACCCCGGCCAGGGGGUGCAGGGGGGAGCAGUGUAGGAACAGGAGUAGGUGGCACUGGUGGGGUGGGUGGGGGUGCUGGUUCUGAAGACUCUGGUGACCGGGGAGGCACCCUGGGAGGGGGAACCCUGGGCCCUCCAAGCCCUCCAGGGGUUCCCAGUCCCCCAGAGCCUGGAGGAGAAAUUGAGCUCGUGUUCCGGCCCCAUCCCCUGCUCGUGGAAAAGGGAGAAUACUGCCAGACUAGGUAUGUGAAGACAACUGGGAAUGCCACAGUGGACCAUCUCUCCAAGUACCUGGCCCUACGCAUUGCCCUUGAACGAAGGCAGCAGCAAGAGACAGGAGAGACCGGAGGGCCUGGAGGAGGCGCCUCUGAUGCUGGGGGACCUGAUGCGGGGGGUGGGGAGGGUGGAGGUGCUGGAGGAGGUGACAGUCCUGAGGAACCUGCCUUGCCCAGCCUGGAAGGUGUCAGUGAAAAGCAGUACACCAUCUACAUCGCUCCUGGGGGUGGAGCAUUCACGACACUGAAUGGCUCACUGACCCUGGAGCUGGUGAAUGAGAAGUUCUGGAAAGUGUCCCGGCCACUGGAACUCUGCUAUGCCCCCACCAAGGAUCCAAAGUGACCCCACAAGGGGGACAGCCAGAGGAUGGGAACCAUGGGUGUCCCUGUGUCCUGACCCACCACCCCAGCUUCUUUGUCCCCUAGCCAUUCCCACCACUACUACAGGCCAAGCAGCCAAGAAGAGGAUACAAAUAAGGACAAGUGGCUUUUAUACAAAGUAUCUAUAUCAGAUUCUUCUAUAUUGUACACAGUGGGGCAUGCGCCUCCACUUACUGCCUUUUCUAUUGCCCCCAGCCUCCAUCCAUACAAGACAUUGGGGAAGGGAGAACCUUCCCCUUUAUGCCCUCCUACCAACAAGAACAAAUUUGCUUUUUUUGUUCCUCUUUGAAA